ACGGCGCCCAAGUAGGUUAGAUCCACUCAAGCAUAAAAUGAACUUUAUACGAUUUACAAUCGCCACUGCAUAUAUUGAUAUUUCUGAUAAAAUUUGAUAACCGAACCCUUGCACAUCUUUGGUUCUUGAAUAUAUACGAAAUAUAGCAACAGUGACAAGUGUUGUUUGUCCUUUGCAAAGCAAAUUUCAGAAGAAAGUCAGGAUGAAACCUUCCAGUUGCGCUUGAAAAAAAACUCUUGUUAUUGUAGGGUUGAACUGGUGAUGCUCGAAACAUUUGUCGUUUGCUAAUCCGGCGCUGUUUUUUUUGCAACACUCGCGGAGAAUAUGCGCAGAGCAGAUCGCCAGUCAACCUAAGGCCUGGAAGCGGGCGCAGCUUCAACUCGCCAUGCCUACGAGUGUGGAACAUCUCUUUGGAGAGCCCAUGAGCUUUGACACCUGGCAGGACGUGGAAGCCGCAGGAGUCAUGUGGCAGGAGUUGUCGGAGCUGGACACGUCGGGCGCCGUGAACUACGUCACCGAGUUCAAGUGGAGGCCGGAGACCAUGGCCUCCUUCUUCUCCACGCCCAGCAGUUCCACCAGCUCCGGCCUAGUGAAGUUCACCGUGGAGGACCCGAGUGGAGACAUGGAGCUCGACGAUGACUUGAAGUUCCGCGUGAACCUCAUCCCCGAGCAGAGCGAAGAGGAUGGGGCCAUGAAGAACCUCCACCGCAUGUCCCUGCAGUUGGUGGGAGGCAAAAGCUCGUCGAAGAUCUACCAGAUCUUUUUCCACACGGUCGAUCCCACUUACCAGGUGCACAUCAAUGUGCCGGACCAUCGGCAACCGAUCUUCCCCACCAACGAGGUCUUCCAUCAGUGGCAUCCUUUGAUGGCAGGGCUUCGCAAACGACCGCGCCUGAGGUUUCUGAUCCGCUUGAAGCCCAUGGACAGCGGCCCCCUGGAUGCCAUGUGCGGCUGCUGCGGUUGAUGGGCGCCAUCGUUCAACGAUGCCCUCCUGCGUGGGGAUGCCCUCCUGCGGUCCAGGAACCCCCCCUUAUUGGGUUAAGCCCAGCUCGAGCCCACCUCGGUUGAUGAAUUCUAUAUACGUUUGCUGCCGUAGUUGACUUCUCGCAUAGAUGUUUUCUCUACAGAGCCAAGAACAUGCCGCCAAAACCUCAGACCCAAAGAAAGCUGGUUCAGACACUCGGAAGUGAAUUGAUUCGAUCUUCGGAGAUUGAUGCCAAGCCUGGCCAAACCCACAGGUUCGCAGAAGAACUGUUUGGUACAUGGGAGGUUUGAUUGGAUUGCAAC